AUGAGUAGAUUCGAUGGUUCAUCUAGGAGAGACGACGACGAGGAUACUGAUAACGGUGAAGGAAACGGAACAAAACAUAGUAAAUUAUUAGAAUUGGACUUGGAUUACCUUGAGAGAGGUGGUGUUGGGGCAUUGUCUAUUAGUGCUCCGAGCGUAGAGCCAAGCCCUGACAGUCUAGAUCUCGUCAAGGUGGUACUUCUUGGAGCACCAGCUGUUGGCAAAACCAGCAUCAUCCAGCAAUUUGUCUGGAGUGACUUUUCUGAGGAAUACAUACCAACGGAACAGAAACAGACGUUCUAUCCAUCGGUGAUCAUAAACGAGCAUCUAUACGAGGUUAAAAUUACAGAUGUCCCUGUGAUACCAUACUUUCCCAUAAACUCGUACUACGAGUGGGCACAUUACAGAUUUUACGGUCUGCGGAACGCUACCGCCUACAUCUUAGUCUUCGAUCUUUCGAACGUCGAAACUUUUCAAUAUAUCCGAACGCUGAGAGACCAAAUGGUUGAGAGUCGGGAUAUGAAAAAUGUCCCGGUGCUUGUAGUUGGUAACAAACAGGAUUUAUUGUGCAGCAGCACACCAUCGGCUACCAGCGGCCUUCAACAGCUAGCUAUGGCUGAGAGCGCGUGCACUGACUCCAGAGAGAAGAGACGGAACAUCGUGAAUCUUGUCCGCAAACAUUGGAAGUGUAGUUACAUCGAGUGCUCGGCUAAAUACAACUGGCGCGUUAUAGCCGUCUUCAAAGAACUGAUGGAGAUGAUCGAUGUCUUGGAGUGGAGCGGAGGAGGAAGGAGUUCUGAACCACCGCCUGAUUCAAAUACCGCAGACAUAAUAAAGCGGGCUACUCCCGCAACGACGACGCAGAUUAUGGACCACAGCUUCCUAAUGGCCAUUAAAUGUGGACGCAAAGCCGUAAAGUCCAUCACGCCACAUGAAACUAUGUUACUACAAGGUUUAGUCGUGUGCGCUUACGCGCUAUUUAUUUUAGUAAAAUGUCAAGAAUCUCGUAUUGUUAACAUAGAUCAAGGACCCGUGAGAGGAUAUAAGUCUGAAGAUGGAAAUUACUUCGGAUUUUUUGGCAUACCGUUUGCCACCGCACCUAAAGGGGUUCAUAGGUUUAAGGAAACCAGUACCAGAGAAUUCUUCUUAUCCACCGUGGCCACCUGUCAGUUCUGGAGCAGCUCCCUACAUGUCACUGAAUACUACGCCUAA